UCCCGUCGCAAACACCUUGUAGCCGAAGACCAUGCUGGACACGCCGUGGCAUCUGUAGCAUGAAACGGAAACACGAACGGGCGCCGAGUACCACGUGUCAUCUUCAGGUUAUGACAAGGGCAGUACAAUGGUUACUGUGUUUAGGUGACGUUAGUGUUGUUCGUUUACAUCCUGUGGCCUCAAGACAUGCGGACAUCGUGCUCGUGGUUCUGAAUAACCAUCAUGUCUGUCGCUGAAACGCUCCUGCGCAUGCUUCUUCGCUUUCCAAAACUACUCAUCGCCACUGUCAAACAAUGCUCCUCGACAGCUUUACAUUUGCUACGCUACCUUUUCUCGCUAUGGAACGCGUCGGUUCAGAAGGGGAAACGAAAGUAUUCUUUGGAAGAUAACACAGAUAAUAUGUCUCCCUCGAAGUCGCAUGGGGAGAAAGAUGGGGGAGCAGGUAUCCACGUUGAGAGCGCAACUGCAUUAUGCUCCGAGGAUGAAGGCUCGGCAUUGGAACCUACACCACGUGGAACGGAGACACCCGCACCUCUGCUGUCUGCCGAGGGUAGAGUUUCCACCUUGAGCACUCUGCGACCCAGCAGCACGAAUCUGCCCGAGCCUAACCGCAGCAGAUCUUUACAGGUCUGCGCGCCUCCCCUCAAGAAUCUGAAAGAGCUGUUCACAAGAACAUCAUUGUAUAAUUUGCUUUGCAUGCUGAUGUUCCUCGAUCAUCCUGGAUUUGUCGAGCGCUCCCUCAAAGGCACCCAAUAUCGUCGUAAGACUGAUAUCAACAAGUGGGUGGCUUUUUGGGAGACGUUCCAAAAAGACGUCGAGAAUAUCAAUCUGCUGGCUACCGUGCUACUGAGCGGGAAUGUCAGCUUUCUGGCUAUCAUUACCAAUAACGGAUUAUCGUACUGGCCGCAAAGGUUGAGCUAUGUGUCGCUCGUGGCUGCGUUGGGAAGUAUCUUGAUGGGACUGGCAGUUCGGACCCCGAGAUUCUUCACAGCCUACACGCCGUUUUACUUCCAAGUGAUGGUAUUGGUACUAGGAUUCCCAUUCGAGCUCUUCCUAUACAGCAUUAUUCUUUUUAUUGCUGCGCUCAUUGUACACUUCAGCAUCAACGCGGCGAUGCUACAGAUUUAUGCAGCCAUUGUUAUCAUGGGCCUUGUGAUCGUAUGCCUCUUUUUAUACUGGCUUGUUACGGAGCCUUUAGAGGGUAGGGAAGGCCGCGAGGAGGGUACAGCCCGUGGAGUUCAGGUUUAGCUUGCCCAAUGAGUACAUCUUCGAUAGAUACCUCAAGGUAACCUUGUAGUGUGACCCUUAUGGAAAACAUUUCCCUG